CAUACGGUGACGAGCAACAGAUACAGAUUUGAUCAUUGACACAGACAGUAUUUCGCAAUUUGAACAAAAAGAAAAACAAGAGCAAAUGACGCGCAAGGCGGGCGUCACACUCAACACAUGAUAGAGAUGAGCAACUUCUCAAGUGGAACUAGAACCAGCAACAGCAUGAUGCAGAACCGUGUUACCCGGCGGCGCAGCAUGUCGCCCAAAUCAUCUUCGGGUGGUCAAGGAAAGAUGCCCUGCCACGCAUGGAAAGACCGGCCAGAGGUUACAGGUAGUUAGUCCAUAUUUGAAAAAAAAAAUUGUUCUCUGUGAUGUCCGGAUGAGCAGCGACGAGCAUGCACAUCACCAAUUGUUAGCUGCACGAGGACCAACGAACUCCUUUUUGAAUAAAUUUUCGAACCCUGCAAUUUUUACUUCACCGACACCACCAGGUCCUAAAUGCCGCGAUCCGUUGAUCUUCGGUUCACCUCCGCCAAAACGAGGAACAAAGAGAGCGAAAGACAAUAUGGCGAAGAAAAGUUCUCGGGCAAAUGUCAACAUGAAAGAUUACGAGGACCCAGCAGCAAAUCAUGAGCACGCGAUAGACCAAGAACGACACCUGGAGCCAGAGCAUCAGCGGUCUCUUGAUUACCACCCCCGCGGAGGACCUUCCGUAGUUGUGGCAACAACUACGGCAAGGAAUCUUACCCGGAUGAAAAGCAGCGGCGGCUCAUCUUCUACUAGCCCGAAAAAACUACUAGACGACUCUCCGGUGAAAAUUUCAACGAACCCCUCGACGAACCACAAUAAAUCGACGUGGCAGCCGCAUAUCAGCACGGCAGCUCCCGGGGGUUCGACGGCUGCGAGUUCCUCUUUCUCGUCAUCUUCCUACAGACCAAUACUCGUCGGCGGCGGUGGUGGAGGUGCAGCACCCUAUAGAAGUGUUGUCACAAGGUCGUCACUCGCUUCCCCCCGAGGAGGCGGAGGUCUUUUCGGUGGAAUAAAUAUGAAAAGCAGUUCCACUACAGGAAAACAAGCGGCAACUGUCAUCCGACCGACACUGGUUUCUUCGUCCGGUUCGUUAUUCCAACCUGAGUCGCGCGUCAGCCUGCUCUCUUCGUCGAAGUCCUCCACUGUCACCGCUAGUUCGCCAGUGGAAGGGCGUGGCUCUAGUAGUCUACGCCAGAUGAACAGUCUGGCUGUGGCAAGAACAACAGCGGGAAAGAACUCCUCGUCCACCAGUACCGGCGCAGCAACAGCAGACGAACAUCAGGUCCCCGUUUCCAGGCGAACAUCAGGUCCCCGUCGUCCCGGCUCGUCCUCGCCCGCGGGGAAGGUCAUGAAAUCUCCCGUAGGCAGCACGAGGAGGCACGACCCGGGGGCAGUGAGCUUUUCCUCUUCUAAAACCUCUGCUGUGAGCAGUAUCGCGACCACGACCCGCCACCACGACUAUUCGCCGCCUCCCCGGCGGUUGAGCGCAGGUGCUGCCUCUACUUCCAAGUCUAGCUGUGAAAAGAACUACGAAGUGGAGCAACGACGGGGCGCUUCGGGCUGUAGCAAAUCUACUUCUACGAAAAAAUCCCCUGCGGCCACGAGCAAGAGCCCUAAAACAGGUACAGCGGCAUCAGCGAGAGGUCGUGGUGCGCUUAGUUCUUCUUCUUUCUCAACUACAGGAGCAGGAUCCACCACGGCGGCCAGUGCGCACCAUUCUUUGAAGAAGGACUACUAUGCGCGGGCGAAGAGAUCGCUGGAAAACAACUAUUCCCAGCACGUGGAGCAGCUGGCAAGGAAGAAACUGAACGAGGAGCUGCGGCAGAUUGAGCUGCUGCUCAAAACGGAAAGGGAGCAGAACGAGAAAUUGGAAGGCAAGAAGAAGCAAAUCCAAGAGCGAAUUUUCCAGAAGGAACAGAACGAGCAAAACAAGCUCUUGAAAAUCAGCCAAGAGAAGACGGAACUGCUGGAACAGGAGCGGCACAUCGCAGAAAAGCUGGAGAGCGUGGAGGCAAAGGAGAGCAGGAGAGCCUUGGAGGACAAGGCCCGGCAGUUACGGCUGAUGCUCAGCCAGGACGUGGUCCCGGUUGGAUCCGACGCCUGGAAAAAGCAGCAGGAGCUGGAUCUGGAAGAAGAGGCGAGAAGACUGAAAGACGAAAAUCUAGAGCUGGUGGAGCGACUGCGUAUCUACUUAUGCACUACAGUUUUCGGAUGGUUUUGUCUUCUUCAAACAAUACAAUAGGAUGUGCUAACAGAUGAUCCUUCUCGAAUGGAAGAAGUAGGCGGGACAAAACGCGUGCUAGGACCCACAGACAAGCAAACGCAUGCAUCGUUGACCUGGAUCACUACGAUCUCUAUCUCUGGAGCGUUUUCCUUCUCUCUUUAUGUUCUGCAUGAGAGGUGCAGCGAAAAUGUCUGUCUAGGACGAGAAUUCACGAGUUUAUUAUCCCAAUUUGACAGGCGAAGUCCCGGUUGUUUCCGAGGAUUUACCCACGCUGGAAGCCGCGAAGCAUUUGCCUUUCAGCACAACAAGGACUGGCAACAAGGCAUCGACAUCGUCAAGCACCACCAAUGGGAAUAACAAAAGUUUGAUCGCGAGCAAGAUUCCGCCGAAGAAAUUGACCAUUUUCGACAAGGAUCUGGUCACGGAGGAGACGGUGAUGAAAAUUUUACCGAAGAAAAACGAGCUGCCGGAGUUCCAGCUUUGGAAAGAACACUACGCGACGCGGACGGAAGGGGUGGACGUACACCAGGAACCAAAGUACUUAAAAGUCAAUAGAAAAAUCACUUCACAUGUUGUACUCGUCGUUACAGUUCUCUUAUGAACGCAAGUAAGUUCAUGCUGCAUGAUGAAGAUGAUGAUGAUGAUGAUAAUCAUAUGAAGUGAGGUCAUACAUCAUUCUACCAGGUACUAGAUGAACCUCUCACCAAUGCUGGCCCAGCCGGCUCAGUGCCGCAGUCUGUCAAGAUCACUAAAGACGUGAAUGAGCGUAGUCAGCACAAAAAACCAAAUGACUCACGCAAAAAUCAACAGAAUCCUCCGCAAAGAGCCCUUGCAGUACACGAACAAAACGGAAUUGGACACGCCCGACGUCAAUCUGGUGCCCACCACUCUGAGUGCGAAUUUGGAAAAAAUCAAGCAUUCCGGCCAGCUGAAGGACCUGGCGCGGGAGUGUAUUUCCGCACGACAAAUUCCGUUGCCCAUGAAGCCCGGCAUGACAAUGGGGUACAAUCCCCACAACCCCUACGACAAAUCCAAACCAAUCAACUCUCCCCGGGUGCCGCUGAGCACGCCGCAGUUUGCGCCUGCGAGAAUCAAACCCGUGUCGAUGUUGAUAAGUAGUCCCCGAACUACCACGACGAGCCGCAGUAGUCAUGUCGUGUACCGCUCCUCAACCAGCUUGAGUCCGCGGCAGCAGUCGCGGAACGUGGUCGGGGUGCGGUUGAGCCCGCGGGGACCGGCGGGAGGUGGCAGCGUCGCCGUGAAAAAUGGUGGUGGUUUAGAUGGUGCUCAAAGAUCGUCCACAACCAGUGUUCGAAUCGCAACUGUGUCUAGUAGUAGUCCAAAAACUACGAACGACGGCGGUGGAGCACGACAAGGAGAGGAAGACGACGUGUUGGCAACUUCUUCAGCAUCAAGGAACAAAAACUCCAGUUUGAAGACCUUGAAGGGGAACGGGCUCCGCGGGCGUCAAGUGUCAAACUCCGACUUGACAAGAAGCGGGGGCAGGUCAAGGUCACGCUCGGCGUCGCCAGGAGGAGUCGGAAGUAGAACCGAAAAAAUAUCAAGAGCUAUUUCAGCGGGUGACGGUGACGCAGCCUCACCUACAACUUCCGGUGAGUGUAAAAAUCUCAAAGCGCAACAGCAGGCGAAGAUGAAGCGCCAACAACAGCUCCUCAUGGGACACAUCGACGCGGACAGUCCAACCAUGGACCAACAUCAUGACGCUGAGUUUUCUAACAACCCAUCAGGUGAGAUCGAUCUACUUCUCUCCGCGUCCCCGGCUGCCAUGUCCCCGGACAGCAACUUUCACACGAACUCGGAGCGGAAGCGGUACAAAAACACGCGGAAGUUGGAGUCGUUUAUCAUCAAAAAUCUAGACUUUGCGGCCGACGAGGCGGCGGGGUUUGCUCGGAGGAGUGGUGCCGGAAAAAUAAGCCAAAGAACCAAAAGAGACGAGCAAGCACAGAGUAGUCGCAGCCCUUCUCCAUCGCUGGCAAUGGUUCAUCUCUCUUCGCCCGCACGGAGUGAGAAAAGGGGGUUAGCGGAAGUAGAUCAUGACAGCAUCCGCGAAAGAAAAUCCACCAUUGCACAAGAAGAAAAGCGAGCAACCGAUCCUGUUUCGCCCAUAGGACCAAGAACUUCCGACGACUUAUAUCACCCCGACCUCGAGACGAACGCCAAUCCGGAAAAAGUCUUCCGGCAAGUGCUGCAGAAGAACAAAAAAAUGACGAACCUGCACGCAGCAGGUGGUCCAACUGGUUGUAGUAACGCGGCAACAUCAGCUAGUACCGCGAAUCACGCAUCUAAUGGAAAUGGUACAACUGGACGUGUUACAAGACCUCCGAGUGGGGCAAGAACCGCGACGGCAUCGCGCAGUAACAGAAAAAAAACUGGAACAAGCUCCAUUGACGGAGCAGCUGCUGCGCAAUCUUCAACCUCCAGUUCGAAUGUAGUCGCACCUGCUCGGCACCAGCCAAAGAGUUCGAGAAGCAGUAGGCUGAUCCCCACUUCUUCUUCGUUGUCGCGCGACAACGCCGCAUCUCUUGCACGGCAGUCGCCACGGGGAGCUGCUGCAGCGGGGGCGGGAAACAAAGGUGUCAGGACCGCCGCGAGAAUCGCCUCUACCGCAGGGAAGCAAGCGAGAAUAAACAAUGCGCCGUCCAAGAUGAAAACGCGUGACGACCACACAAGACAUGCAACUACGUCGAGUUCUUCAUGUUUCGCGGUACACGACGAAGAUCCGCAGCAAGAGUUAGGCUAUGAACAACUGCGGCCCUAUUCCGCUGGAUGUUCCCUCUUUUUCUGUUCUGCUUCUGUUGCGCGGGCGCCGUCACCGCGCACCAGGCCCGGCGGGCCCAGCGUCCCGAUUCAAUCGGCGAAACAGGUCGCGCCAAGGUGUUUCGCCGAUUUAAUCGCUGGCGUUUUGUCGAAACAGGUCGCGCGGAGGUGUUUCGACGUCGAAACACCUUCGCCCGAGCUGUUUCGCCGCUAGAAUCGAGAAUCUCGGCCUGGUUGGCGUUCGUCUGCGCAGCCUUUUUUUUCUUGGCCGGCCCUCGUUCCAGAGGUUUUUCCCAGGUGGGCGAUAGCUCUGUGUGGGAGGUUGGGCCGCACCUUGCUUGGCCCUGCGAGCGAGACGCGCACUGCCGCUGUGCGACAACGUGCGUGCCUGCCCAGUUCAUCUUAUUUUUGAAUCAUGGUUGGCGCAGAGCCCGUAGGGCUCACGGCCACCGAGACCACCACGCGUUUCUUGGUAGGCAGGGGUGAAUGGAAGGCCAGCAACCUCGGGCGCGCGGGGACUGCUCGGGCCAAUUUUCGUCCUUUUGCUUUUAUUUGUUGCCUGGCGUGGGGGUGGGUCUAGCGACUGUGGCCUGACCCAGGCCCUCCUCUCCAAGAAUCGACGCACAACGUGUGCGUUGGGCCGGGCCGCCGGAGCUCGGCAGCGGCGCAUUGCAUGCGCAUUUCGCUGCGGAGGGGACCUAGCCCGGUGCAGUGCCGACCGUCUAACCUUGUCAGACAGUAUAGUCGUAUUAGGGAGCCGUGGCCCGACGCGAAGCCGGCAGCCAGCUGCCCUGUUUUUGCACGCGCUCGGCGAGUCGGUAUUGACAAGGCGCCCGGCCGCGCUAUGGAGCGCGGCUGCAUGCUCCGUUUGCGUUUGGUAUGCGGACAUAGAUAUGCGUGAGCUUGUCUUGCCAUGUGAAUUGCUCUGGUGGCCGUCGUUUAUAUGUUCUCUUCCGCCCUCUUUGCCGGGGGCGUAGAGCCUUAUUUCCAAAUGGGGCGCCACAGUGUAAAUCCCACCUGGCAACAGCGGUCGGAAAGUAGUGAGGCCGCGAUCGGGCGUGAACCGCGCCGGCGCCUGCACGUUCGCAGAGCCCUUUUUGCGGCGUUUGAGGUGCACCGUCGGGCUCUAAACGGCACAACCUACGGCGGCAGCGCACUCGUUUCCGCUAGCUAUCGUGAUUAUUUCCCGAUAGCUAUCGUAAUCGCGAUGGUACCGGAAUAAAUGAGUGUGCGUCCAUAGCGGUACACGACGAAGAUCCUCCACAGCAAGAGUUUUCAUCUACUUCCGGUGAGGUGCGAGUGCGUGAUCCCCAGUUAGUAGGCAGAGCAAACGACGACGUCGCGUGUUCUAAUUCCUGUAGCUUCUCUACUUCUGCGCUCGCUGCUGGCUGUAACGAUGAUUGUGCAGGAACUACCUCUUCUACAGAACCAGUGGCCGUCGUGGCGGAGAAAAACAGAAACUACACCCCUCGACGCACCCAGCCUUUGCUCAUAAAGUCUGGCGUGACAAGAGUCAGUAGGCAGCAUGAGGCUACACUUGAUGCGGAAAACAACUACAGCGCCUCUGAGUCGUGCUACAACUUAGAUGACCAGGAGCACGAUGAACUACACGAAAUCCUGGUGACGGAAGUGCACGCGGUCCAAGCUUCCCCCCGGCUCGCGGAGGAGCAGAUGCGCGUGGGCAACUUCGCUUCCUCUGCGAACAAAUUCGAAAAACUCGCCGCACGGAGGAUAGUUUCCCCGCCGCGAAACGUGGUGGGCGGCACUACAAGUAACAUGGCGAGCCCAGCAGGAGGAACAGGCUCAUCUUCGCCGUCAGGUACUAGAGCGCACCAGUUCCAGGAGCAGCCGCAAAGUAAGCGAAGUGGUCAGAAGCACUUUCAACAUCAAGAAGAAGGCACUACUGCUCUCGUCAUUCCCGCCGACACACAAUGGACCCGGGCUACCGGAUACUGGAGCCCGAAUUCUUCCGUGGCGCACAUGCUGACUUUAGGAACAACGAGCAACGACCAGCAGUUGCACAAGAUCGAAAUGCCCAAGCUGCGGAUCACGGAGAAAUGCAACGGCGUUUUCACCCCCAGGUUGAACUACACAAAUUCCGCCCGCUUGAAGCAGGCGGACUUGAGUUCCUGCGGCGGUGUUGUCAAAAAUAUUCCAUCUCCCGUGGCGGGGGCGGCUAGUAGUGCUUCCUCUAGUGCUGGCUUUGCCCAACUCCAACAUCAUCCCGCAGUUGUUCAUCAACAUUUGCGUGAUGCAACAAGACAAGUAGCUCCUGGAGUCAGCUCGCUGUUGAGCACUCCACGUGCGACGAUUGGCGGGAUCGGGGUGCGAUCCAGUAUUGGUAUGAUGAAGAACAACCCCGAAACUACGACUGUCGUCUCUGGAGCAGGUCCUGGCAUCACUACCACUAAGAGCGGAGUAAACACCUACUGCUCUGCGCAAGCUGAAAAACAAGCAGUUGUCCUUGCCUCCCCGUGCUCGCCUAGAAACUUGCCACCUCCCUCGACAAGCAAAGUCACCUCGUCUAGCAAAGGUAGCACGGAGCGACGUGGAGGACGGGGACCUGGUGUGAACAAUAAAAAUCACACCACAAAAAGUCCGUCCAGCAAGGUUACGGUUGAUCUGGAAGAUGCGGACAGGCACAAUCACGAAGCUACGGUAGUACCGAACUACAAUACGACGUCCUCGCACUCACAGUCCGUGUUGAUAUUGCAGCACUCUCAGGAGGAGAGAACGAUUGAUCUGCAGUCGGAUGAAGCGAAUGAGACCUAACACUAAAAGAAGAAGAACUACGACUGUCGACCACGGCAUCCGGUCCUCGUGAGAGGAGAUGAACCUAGGAACAGAAGAUGCAGCUAGGAAAGCCUGUUCAGUGCUACUUCUACUAACAAUAGAGACCGGUACGCUCUGAGACCUAAAACGCGAAACACGACGGAACUACGAAGGCCGCUUGUUAUUUUUCGGGAAAUUAAAUACCGUGAAGCACGUAUAUCGCCCGUGAAACAGAUUGCCCGUUCUCCGGGGGAUCCGCCCUCGCCCGCGGGGAUCCGCCCGCUCCCCGGGGGAUCCGCCCUCGCCCCCGGGGAUCCGCCCUCGCCCCCGGGGGUCCGCCAACUUCCCCGGGGAUCCGCCCUCUUCCCGGGGAUCCGCCCGUUCCCCGGGGAUCCGCCUUCGCCCAGGGGAUCCGCCCGCUUCCCGGGGAUCCGCCUUCGCCCCGGGGAUCCGCCCGUUACUCGGGGAUCCGCCUUCGCCCAGGAGCCCGCCCAUUCCCCGGGGAUCCGCCUUCGCGCAGGGGAUCCGCCCGUUACUCGGGGAUCCGCCUUCGCCCAGGAGCGCGGGCGCCCAUUCCCCGGGGAUCCGGCUUCGCGCAGGGGGUCCGCCCGCUUCCCGGGGAUCCGCCUUGGCCCCGGGGAUCCGCCUUCGCCCAGGGGAUCCGCCCGUUACUCGGGGAUCCGCCCGUUACUCGGGGAUCCGCCCUCGGCCCGAGGGUCUCCCCGCUCCUCGGGGAUCCGCCCGCUCCCCGGGGAUCCGCCUUCCCGCAGGGGAGCCGCCCGCUCCUCGGGGAUCCGCCCGUUACUCGGGGAUCCGCCCGCGCCCCGAGGAUCCGCCCGCUCCUCGGGGAUCCGCCCGCUUCCCGGGGAUCCGCCUUCCCGCAGGGGGGCCGCCCGCUCCUCGGGGAUCCGCCCGCUUCCCGGAGAUCCGCCUUCCCGCAGGGGAGCCGCCUUGGCCCAGGGGAUCCGCCCGUUACUCGGGGACCCGCCCGCUUCCCGAGGAUCCGCCCGUUCCCCGGGGAUCCGCCCGCGCCCCGAGGAUCCGCCCGUUACUCGGGGAUCCGCCUUCGCCCAGGGGAUCCGCCCGCGCCCCGAGGAUCCGCCCGCUCCCCGAGGGCCCGCCCGUUCUCGGGGAUCACCUCGGUGGACCCGGCUGGUCUUCGGGGGAUCCGCCCUCGCCCCGGCGGGCCGGUCCGCCUCCCGCGGAGGGAUCCGCGCGCCCUGGAUCGCACCUUUUGCCCGGGGGGGUCAAGCCUACGAACUUUCUUUGGGUGGGUCCUCCUCAGUUCGGGGGAUCCGCCCUCGCCCCGGUGCUUUCGCUCCAGCCUCCGGGGAUCUCCCCUUGCCAGGGGGGAUCCGAUAUUCGUGCUAGCCCCUCGGACUGCGCCGGCCCUGCGGGGCUGCACUCCCUCCCCGACGGGCACCCGGGCUGCCCGGGGCGGGUGCGCCCUUGCGCCAGAGGCUCCGGCCUUAGCUAGGGGUCCCUGCCCUUGCCGCGUUGGCGGUGAGCACGGGCACCGGCAAACCGGCGCACAUUUCUUGCUUCGGCUUGGUUCUUACAAGUUGCCAACUUGUGUGGUUUGUGUGGUUGUCUAAACGGCGUUUUGACAACCAAAGCGCGGCAAAUGUGGCGGCCUGCAACCGCGUGGGGUCUUGAUAACCAAGAGAGGACAACGCGGGCCGUGUAGUUAAGACAGACUGACGCAGCGCGCUUGCAGACACGCCGAAGGCCGCGCGCCUGCACCCGAGUGCGUUUCAAAAUGUGCGCCGGUUUGCCGCAAUGUCCGUGGUGCCGCAUCAGAGGGCUGCGGAGCCCUUCGACGGUCCAUGUGCACAGCCCUCUGGCCUCUGGCCAAAUCGGGACGGACCAUGCCACCGGGGGAGGCCCUUCCGAAGCGGCCCAAAUUGGGCCAGAGGACCCGACAGAGGAUCUCCGGGUCCUCUGACGAGUCCGCUGUAAAAUCCCAUGGUCAAAUCGAGGCCAUACCACCGGGGGAAGGUCGCCCCAGGCGGUCCAAAUUGGGCCAGAGGACCCGCCAGAGGAUCUUCGGGUCCUCUGGUGGGUCCUCUGUAAAAUCCUCUGGUCAAAUCGAGGCCGUACCAUCGGGGAAAGGCCGCCCGAGGCGGUCCAAAUUGUGCCAGAGGACCCGACAGAGGAUCUUCGGGUCCUCUGACGGGUCCGCUGUAAAAUCCUCUGGCCAAAUCGAGGCCGUACCACCGGGGGAAGGUCGCUCCAGGCGGUCCAAAUUGGGCCAGAGCACCCGACCGAGGAUCUUCGGGCCCUCUGACGGGUCCUCUGUAAAAUCCUCUGGUCACGUCAAAUCGAGGCCGUGCCAUCGGGGAAAGGCCGCCCGAGGCGGUCCAAGCAAAUUGGGCCAGAGGACCCGACAGAGGAUCUUCGGGUCCUCCGACGGGUCCUCUGUAAAGUCCUCUGGUCAAAUCGAGGCCGUACCAUCGGGGAAAGGCCGUCCGAAGCGUUCCAAAUUGUGCCAGAGGACCCGACAGAGGAUCUUCGGGCCCUCUGACGGGUCCUCUGUGAAGUCCUCUGGUCAAAUCGAGGCCGUACCACCGGGGGAAGGUCGCUCGCUCCAGGCGGUCCAAACAGCAGGAGUGCGCCGGUUUGCCGCGCCUCCCAAUCCGGCGGCAAACAGCACGGGACUCUGCCACUUGGGUCGUUUUCUGUGUUGUUUUGAAACGUUUCGCCAAAGCAAGCACAAUCACGGGCGGACUGCGUCGCCACAAGAGGCAAAUCGCGUGACAUUUACGAGGCCAAUCAACACGACGGGAGUACUCUCCGGCGGCCGCGCUGGUUUUUGAGGCUACAGGAGCGGAAGCCGUUGUUUUUUAGGUCCCACAGCGUGCCCUUCUCUAACAAUAAGCAAGUGCAAGUAAUGAAAGUAAGUACAAAUACGCUACAAACCACACAGAUGGUGCUACGUGAUGUGUAAGAUAUUCAUGUUUUUACGACGAGAAAAACGCACAAGCAAUUUUGAGUUUAGAAAAAUGUUUCCGUGUUUCAAUGAUUUGCGAAGUAUUCGGGUCUGACUCUGAUCAAAUAAAUUUUGUGAAUAUACGUUUCAGCACCAAAGUCAAAAUGGAAUUUUGUUGUUAUGAUUGGGGAGAGCCUGUCGAGGACACGAAUGCACUUUCAUUUUAUGUCAUACGCACUGACUCUGCUGCUAGUAUUGCCGAUAUGGUCGCGGUGAGUCUAGCUCGAGCUUGUUGAUACGAGGAAGAUUGAUGAAGCAAUGGCACUGUAUCAUGAAUAAAGAUGAAUCGCCACAACAGAGAUAAUAGACACACUCGCUACGUUUUUCCG